AUGAAAACUCUCAAAUCUUAUGAACAGGUAGGGGGUAAUGCAUCUGCAACUAAUGAAUAUGCUGUGGUAAAAAAGCCGUCAGAGGGGAAAAAUAUCUUGCUAACUGUGCUUCUGUCUUUAAUCGUUGUGCUCAUAGUUUUAGGUAACAGUGUUGUGAUAUUGGCUUUUAUUGUGGACAGGAGACUCCGAACUCGCAGUAACUUCUUUCUCCUAAAUCUGUCCAUUUGUGAUUUUCUAGUAGGAGCCAUCUCCAUCUCCCUGUCUAUACCAUACACAUUCAAUGGAAAAUGGAUGCUGGGAAAGUUUCUCUGCAAACUGUGGGUAACAAUUGGCUACUCAACAACAACUGCUUCUGCCUACAGUGUUGUUCUUAUCAGUUAUGACAGAUUUCUUUCUGUCAACAAAGCAGUCUUACAUCGCUCUCUACAGAAAAGACACAGUCAGACAGCACUUGAUAUGACCCUUGUCUGGAUACUUUCAUUCCUUGUCUAUGGACCAGCAGCUCUUCUGUGGGAGAUCAUUACUGGUACUAAUAACUUUCCUGAGGACAGCUGUCAGGCUGGGUUUAUUGAAACAUGGUAUUUUAUUCUUGGUGCAUCUACACUAGAUUUCAUCUUACCACUUCUCAGUCUUUCAUUUUUUAAUUUAAGAAUCUACCUAGAAAUUAUAAAACACAGCAGAAAGAGACACAAUCAUUCCACAUCUAGAUUUUCAAAAGUAAAAGCUAUAGCACCAUUUACAUUAGCAAACAAUACCGUAUUUUCAUCACCACAAACAAAUGAAAAGGGGGACAAUAACUCAGUUCCAUGCAUGGAUCUUAAGAUCACUUCAGACUCUGCCCAGACCCCUGAAAGAUCAGAUGGACACAAGAAUAGUAAUAAACUUUCCCAGGACAAGAAGGCUGCAAAAUCUCUUGCAAUUUUGGUUUCUGUUUUCAUUGGGUGCUGGACUCCUUAUUCAAUCCUUGUGUGUAUCCGUGCUGUUUGCAAAGGGUAUUGUGUUGAAUAUUUCUAUCUUGAAAUUGCAGUUUGGUUUGUUUACGCUAAUUCAGUAAUUAACCCUAUACUGUACCCAAUGUGUCACAAAAGCUUUUGA